AUGGGCUGCUCCAUGAUGCCCGUGGCCUCCCGCACCAUGGCUGUGUCCCUGGCGCUGGGAUGGGGUCUCGCCCUGGGCUCCUGCCCUCAGCCACCUGUUGGCACUCAGGUGUGCCAGCCCCAGGAUGGGCAGCGGCAUGCAGAAAUCCAGCUGGCUGCGAUCCCCUCCGCCUCCCGGCUCAAGCCGGCCCAGCUCAUGCAAGCGCUGGUGGAAGAGCAAAGGGUGUUCCGACAGCUGGGGGGUGACAAGGGCCCCUCCAAGGCCAGGAAGCAGCAGGGGGCUCAUCCUGUUUGUAGCACCCAGUCUCUCAGGGAGGCCUUUGUCCUCAGCAGCUUGGAACCCUGGGUGCCAGAUCUGAAGCACUUCUCUCCAGGCCCCAUGGGUGAGACACGGGCCUCUUUCUGCCUGUCAAGCUGCCGGCGGGGCCAGAGCGGCUCAGUGCUGCCUCCUGGGGGUGCCGGACGCCGGCUUCCUCCCUCUCCGCGCCGCCGCCGCCGCCCGGGAGCCAGCCCACAGCAGCUGCGGCGCCAGGGAGCUGGAGGCAGGAAGCGGGUGGUCCUCACGAAGGGGGUCCUCCCGCUCAGGGCUGGGGAAGCCUCGGCUGUGGGGCUGGAUGGCCUCCUCCUUUUCCUCUCCUCCGCCUCGUGGGCCAAGCUGCUGACAACCGGGGAGUGGGCGCUGCUGGGGCCCCGCUUCAGGCCGGGCUCAGCUGCUAGCGCCCGGCUGCCCUGCCGCUCCGGCACCCUGGGCCUCGGUUUCCGCGUGGCGUCGUUGGCAGGAUCUGGCCAGGGCUGUCCUGAGCGAGGCCACACUUCCCCAGGGCGCGUCUCCGUGGAGGGGUACCCGCCGUACAGGUCCUGCUUCUCCUGUGCCCCGCAUCUCCUGAGGAAGUGUCUUCCCUCGGUUGUGGACACCGUGGCCGCCCCCACCACCAGCAUCCACCGGCUUUCCACUUCCGGCUCCGUCAAGGGCCUGUGUGUGCCCUGUGGUGGGGGUUUCUCGAUGUCUUCCAUCCGUGUUGGGGGUGCCUGCCGGCCCCCCAGCCUCCUGGGAGCCAGCAGCUCUGGCAACAUGUCUGUGUCCUCGUCCUGCUUCUCCGUGGGCACGGGGAGCAGCUAUGGCAGGGGCUGCUCCUGCAGCCUGGGUGGGGGCUUUGGCUACUUUGGGGUGGAAGAUGCCCUGCUGGGGGGCAGCGAGGAGGAGACCAUGCAGAACCUCAACAACCGCCUGGCCUCCUACCUGGGCAAGGUGCGUGCUCUGGAGGAGGCUAAUGCCGACCUGGAGGUGAAGAUCCACGACUGGUACAAGAAGCAGGGCUCCGGGCCCACCCUCGACUACAGCCACUACGUCAAGACCACCGAGGACCUGCGGGACCAGAUCCUGGCGGCCACCAUCGACAAUGCCAACUUGGUGCUGCAGAUCGAUAAUGCCCGCCUGACAGCCGAUGACUUCCACACCAAGUAUGAGAUGGAGCUGAACCUGCGCAUGAGCGUGGAGGCCGACAUCAACGGCCUGCGCAGGGUGCUGGACGAGCUAACCCUGGCCAGAGCCGACCUGGAGAUGCAGAUUGAGAACCUCAAGCAGGAGCUGGCCUACCUCUGGAAGAACCACGAGGAGAAGGUGAAUGCCCUGCGAGGCCAGGUGGGUGGUGAGAUCAACGUGGAGAUGGACGCCGCCCCCGCUGUGGACCUGGGCCGCAUCCUGAACGAGAUGCGCGACCAAUACGAGAAGAUCACGGAGAAGAACCGCAAGGAUGCCGAGGACUGGUUCUUCAGCAAGACGGAGGAGCUGAACCGCGAGGUGGCCAUGAACACGGAGGCCCUGCCGAGCAGCCAGACGGGGAUCAUGGAGCCACGCUGCACUGCGCAGCACCUGGAGAUGGAGCUGCAGUCCCGGCUCAGCGUGAAAGCAUCGCUGGAGGGCAGCCUGGCAGAGACCGAGGCGUGCUGCGGUGCCCAGCUGGCCCAGCUGCAGGGCCUCAUCAGCAGCAUCGAGGCCCAGCUGUGCUAGCUUUGCUGUGACGUGGAGCAGCAGAGCCAGGAGUACAAGAUCCUGCUGGACGUGAAGACGCGGCUGGAGCGGGAGAUCGCCACCUACCGCCGCCUGCUGGAGGGCCAGGACGCCCACCUGGCCACCCAGUACUACUCGUCCCUGGUCUCUCAGCCCACCCGGGAAGCCGCGGUGACCACCCUCCAGGUGCGUGCCAUCAUGGAGGAAGUCCAGGACGGCAAGGUGGUCCCCUCCCGCGAGCGGGUCCACUGCUCACCCACUGAGGCCCCGUCUACCUGCGACAGCCCAGCCUCCAGGGUCAAGGGGCAGCCAUUGCCUGCAGCUCCCAGCACACUACUGCUGCGCCCCAAGUGCCCGUCUGGGCCACCGCCCAAGAGCGGUUGCCUUUCUGUAUCUGCUUCUCACAGCCCCUCACCAAGGGGACCUUCUGAGUUUGCCCCAGUGACUGCAAUUAAAGCUUUGCUUGAAGUUCAAUGCCUCCUGUGGUUUGGUCUGGUCCUUGGCUUGAGCAGCGUGGGCUGA